CAAUUUGAUCAAGUACAAACAAGUGAGAUCUCUAUACAUUUCCAUUUUGAGUUCCUUCCCAUGGAGGUUCCCUGGCUACUAAUGGUCGUGGCCCGGCCCGCUGUCCAAGGUUAAUUAAUUUGUAUUCCACCAACAAACUCUCCAACAAACUCAUCGCCCAUUCAGACUGGUCGCUACUGCUGCUCCCCUAAAAUCACCACCCACGGCCAUGCCGGUGACACCUAAAAGAAUAUUUAUUCUCCAUAGAACGGCAGGAGCAGGGGAGGGACGUAUUCAAUCCAUGCAUGUACGUUGGUUUUAAUCAACUUUAGGGGGUUGAUGAUAGGUGCAUCCACGGUAGGCAGCAGAGGUAGGUGCCUGGCGACAGUGAAUGAAUGAUUGAAUGUAUGAUUGCCUCGACAGUAUAUAGACGCGCUCUCUCUGCGUUCCCCAACAGCCUGGUAAUAUCAACACAUCGAAAACCCUCUCUCUCUCUCUCAACAUGUCCAUCGCUUGUCUUCCCAUUGAGUUGGUGAGGAAAAUCUGCACCUAUCUGCAGCUACCAGCCUGGUGUGCGCUUCGACUGACUUGUCGGUCGCUCUACAAUAUCACUCUCGAUUCAUUUCGACGCGUCUUCCGCAGCAUCUCCGUCUUGUGCACCUCCGGCGGACUGUGCCAACUCUAUGAGCUUUCCAUGCACGAGGGCAUUCGCCAACAUGUCGAAGAACUCAGACUUGUCCCGGAGCUAUUCAAUGGCGAAUAUGAAAUGCAUCCCUAUGGUUUCGCGUAUUGGGACUGUAUUCGAUUGGCCUUGAAGAAACAGCGACAGCAGCAGCCUGAGGAGGAGUACUCAGCUUCGGCCCAUGUCUCGCAAUACUAUCAGGAUUUUCACUUCGUCAUGAAAGAUCAUCGACGCAUACUGAAGUCGCCGACUGCCAUCCGCGUUCUCCGACACUGUAUGGGCCGUUUUGUCAACGUAAUUACAGUCGGGUUACGAUAUCGCCCUGCCGAAGGAAGUCGUGACUUGAUAUGUCUAGGCUGGCGCAGUCUAACAGACGACCUCGGCUUUCCCCCCAAGUUCCCCAAGGAAUUCCGCCGGCACGAAGGGAUCUCCAGAGAGCAGGAUCGAGCUUUCUGCAUCCUUGUUAGAGCCCUGAUUGCGAGUGAUCAGAACGUGAAGCAUCUGUCAACCUGUGGCAAGCCUUGCUAUGGCGUGGCGCUUGCCAGGCUGAAGCUGACUCAAAAAGAAUGGACAUCCUUUGUUUCCCUCAUGAAAGGCUUGUUGAAGAUACACCUUUGUCUGGAGGGAACACAGGAGGGCGACCAUCCAGAACGUCCCCGUGAGCUGUUGACAGCCGUUGGCCCGACUCUCGAGGUACUACGAUAUCAAUUUGACUCCAUCAACGCGUCUUACCCCCCUACAACUUUCCCCAUUCUUGAGAUCUUCCCGGGAAUACAUUUUCCACGCCAGCGCGAAGUCCGUUUGCAGAAUCUAGUGGUCCCGCCGGAAGCCCUGAUGGAAUUUCUUCGUGCUGUAUCGCCUACCUUGACCGACCUGAUUCUAAAAGCAGUCAGUCUAGCCCCGCCUGACGAUCCGUACGGCCCUUUGCCCCAAGAAGACACCCCAGGGGAGACCAAGCACCGUUGGCAGCAUGUUUUGGAAUCCUUUCACGAUGAGCUGUCCUUGCACUUCCUUGUAUUGCAGGCCGUUAUGUUUAAGCGUAAUGUGCUGGAAAUUGAAGAUGAGACAUACACCUGGGGCCCGCCACAUAAUCAGGAUACGGCUGCUUAUAACGUUGCGCGAACUGGCCUUUCCUUCCACGAUUGGGUGAACCAGCUACGUUUAAAAUGACUGCUAACUUGCUGGCCAGUAUGCUAGAGCACUUUUUACUGUCAGUAGCUAGGGUGUGUGCGUGUGUAGUGGUGUUUUACUAAGAAACUAUCACCUUUCAACUCUCGUGCACUACAAGCUU